UGUUGGGGGGCGGAGGCGGGAACCCCGCGGCUGCUUGAGGGAAGGAGGCUCAGGCGUGGGGCGGGCAGGUACCGGGCCCCUCCUGCGGGGGCGCGGGGAGACCUGUGCCCUCACGUUCUCUCUCCUCCCGCAGCCGUGUGGUCCCGCCACCCCCCGCAGGGCGCGCCCAGCUGGCCGUGGGGAUGGCCACCCGGGUCCGGACCGCUGCCGUCUGGGUCCCACCUCUCCAGGAACGAGACAGUCCGUGCGGUGGGAUUAGAAAGCUCCAAGGCAAGGAAUCCAUCCUGGGUCCUGGGACCCCUGACCAGAGGCCCGUCCCUGGAGGAGCCCGGCAGAAGUGCCAGAGUCCCAGGACAGAGCAGCUCCUCAAGUGGCUGUGUGUUUCUCAAGACCAGCCGAAAACCAGCGAUUCUUGGGGACCACUGUCAUUCAUGGACGUGUUUGUGGACUUUACCUGGGAGGAGUGGCGGUUGCUGGACCCAGCUCAGAAGCACCUGUACAGGAGUGUGAUGUUGGAGAACUAUAACAACCUGGCGUCCCUGGGGCACCAGCACACCAAACCCAGUGUCGUUUUCCAGUUGGAACAAGAAGAGCUGUGGAUGAUGCAAAUCCCAAGUCAGGGCCGUGCAGAUGAAGUCCAGGAAAUUGAUGAUCGUGUGGAAUGGCAUCAGGAAAGUCACGGCAAGCUGGGAAGCAGAGCAGAAAGCUACCAGUGUACUGCGUUUGGAAGACUAUCUCUUCAUAGUACAAAUUAUGUUUCUUCAAGACAAGAACUUCAUAAAUGUGUUACACAUGGAAAGAGUUUGAAACAUAUAGAUUCUAGUAGUAAUUAUGCUGGAAAAUAUCCCAGUGGGUUUCAUGAUCUUAGGGAAUCAUUAUUCCAUUCUAAACAUGAGCAAGCUGUUACUGGAAAAAAAUACUGUGAAAAUAGUGGAUCUGGAAAAACUGUCCAAAGAGAGUCGCAGCUCAUAUGCCAACAAAUGCACAUGGCGGGAAAGUCCUCUGAAUGCAGUUCCUGGACGGAGGCCUUCAGCAGCAAGUCAUGCCUCGUGGUGGAUCAGCAAACCCCUGCAGAAGAAAACCCCUGCAGAUGUAAUGGAGGUGGGAAGGACUUCAGCCGCAAGGCCUGCCUCGUUGUGCAUCAGAGAACUCACACGGGAGAGACACUUCAUGAGUGCAGUGAAUGUGGGAAAACUUUCCGUUUCAGUUCACAACUCAUCAUACAUCAGAGAAUUCACACCGGGGAGAAUCUCUGUGAAUGCUGUGAAUGUGGAAAAGUCUUUGGUAGGAAAGACCAGCUCGUUUCACACCAGAGAACGCAUUCAGAACAGAAACCGUAUGGGUGUAAUGAAUGUGGGAAGGCUUUUGGUUUGAAGUCACAGCUCAUGAUACAUCAGAGAACCCACACAGGAGAGAAACCCUAUGAAUGCAGUGAAUGUCAGAAAGCCUUUAAUACAAAGUCUAAUCUUAUGGUGCAUCAGAGAACCCACUCAGGGGAGAAGCCCUAUGGUUGUGGUGAGUGUGGGAAAACCUUUACCUUCAAGUCACAGCUCAUUGUACACCAGGGGGCACACACUGGGGUAAAACCCUAUGGAUGUAAUCAGUGUGGAAAAGCCUUCAGUUUGAGGUCACAGCUCAUUGUACAUCAGAGAAGUCACACGGGAGUGAAACCUUACGUAUGCAGUGAAUGUGGGAAAGCUUUCAGGAGCAAGUCCUACCUCAUUAUACACGUGAGGACUCACACAGGAGAGAAACUCCAUGAAUGCAGUGAAUGUGGGAGAGCCUUCAGUUUCGGUUCACAACUCAUUAUACAUCAGAGAACUCACACAGGGGAGACUCCCUAUGAGUGCCGCGACUGUGGGAAAGCCUUCAGUCGGAAAUACCAGCUCAUUUCACACCAGAGAACUCAUGCAGGGGAGAAGCCCUAUGAAUGCAGUGACUGUGGGAAAACUUUUGGUUUGAAGUCACAGCUCAUGAUACAUCAGAGAACUCAUACAGGAGAAAAACCCUUUGAAUGCAGUGAAUGCGGGAAAGCCUUCAAUACAAAGUCUAACCUUAUUGUACAUCAGAGAACUCACACAGGAGAGAAACCGUAUGGUUGUGGUGAAUGUGGGAAAGCUUUUACCUUCAAGUCACAGCUCAUUGUACACCAGGGGGCACACACUGGGGUAAAACCCUAUGGAUGUAAUCAGUGUGGAAAAGCCUUCAGUUUGAAGUCACAGCUCAUUGUACAUCAGAGAAGUCACACGGGAGUGAAACCAUAUGGGUGCAGUGAAUGUGGGAAAGCUUUCAGGAGUAAGUCCUACCUCAUUAUACACAUGAGGACUCACACAGGAGAGAAACCACACGAAUGCCGUGAAUGUGGGAAAUCCUUCAGUUUCAAUUCACAACUUAUUGUGCAUCAGAGAAUUCACACAGGAGAAAACCCUUAUGAAUGUGGUGAAUGUGGGAAGACGUUUAAUAGAAAAGAUCAGCUCAUCUCUCAUCAGAGAACUCAUGCUGGGGAAAAACCUUAUGGGUGCAGCGAAUGUGGGAAAGCCUUUAGCAGCAAGUCCUACCUCAUUAUACACAUGAGAACUCAUUCAGGGGAGAAACCAUAUGAAUGUCACAGAUGUGGGAAAGCCUUCAUUUGGAAGUCACUACUCAUUGUACAUGAGCGAACGCAUGAAGGGGAAAACCCUUAUAAGUGCAGUCAAUGUGAGAAAUCCUUCAGUGGAAAAUUACGGCUCAUUGUACAUCAGAGGAUGCACACAAGAGAGAAGCCCUAUGAAUGCAAUGAGUGUGAAAAAGCCUUCAUUAGGAAAUCUCAGCUCAUUGUGCAUCAGAGGACUCAUUCAGGGGAGAAACCGUAUGGAUGCAGUGACUGUGGGAAAGCCUUCUCUCAGAAGUCAAUUCUCAGUGCACACCAGAGGACUCACACGGGAGAGAAACCCUGUAAGUGCACUGCCUGUGGGAAAGCCUUUUGUUGGAAGUCACAGCUCAUCAUGCAUCAGAGAAUUCAUGCAGAUGAGAAAUAUGUUGGUGAGUUAAGUGUAAGAAACCAUUUCUCAGGAAAUUCCAGAAAAUUCCUAUAGAAGAGAAACUCUGUAAGUGGAAUCAUCUCUGUACACCGGAAAACCCACCCUGAAGAGAAGCCUCGUGUGUUUACAGCACGUGGAAGGACAUUCACAGAAAGCUGUUUCUUUUACACUC